AUGAAUGUUAUGAAUAGUUUGGUUAUUAAGUCACCUGGUCUGAUUUCACGACGCCAGCCUAGCCAACGAGUAGCAACCAACAGCAACCUCACUUCCGACGCGACCAUCUCAAAUCCGCGUCCCUCCACCACCCAUUCAUUUCAAUCUCCAGCUCACAUCAUGAGUUUCGUACCAAUUAACCCCCGUCCGUUCCUUCAAAACCUCGUCAACGAAGAAGUAAUCAUUCGUCUAAAAUGGGGCGGUCAAACCGAAUAUAAAGGCAAGCUUGUCAGUAUCGACAGUUACAUGAAUAUUCAAUUAUCCGGCGCCGAGGAAUGGAUUGAUUCGGAAAUGACGAGUACUUUGGGUCAGGUCUUGAUUAGAUGCAAUAAUGUCCUUUACAUAUCAGCCGCACAAAUCAAGAAGGAAGAAGAUGAUACGAAGAUGGAGGGAUGA